AUGUCGUUACCACUUUCUGUGAUUCUCAAGGAAUUAGAGAGCGCACCAACCUCAUCUAUCGUGCCGAUCCUUUCGUCGUUGCACCAUAACAAGGCCAUCCUCGCAACCAUCUCCAAACAAGAUCGUAGACAUCUUGUCUCAAGAUCAUUGAACCUUACUCGUGCUGUUGCUCCUUAUAGUAAAUGGUGUGGGGUUAACUUGAUCUUUGUAUUGAGUGGUGACUACACUGUUCUUGCCGAAGAUGGUGUUCAUUUCAUUGCUCAGUUACUCAAGAUCAUCGAACAAUCAAACACUCUGCUGCUGUUGUUGACCUCUGCCGUUGAAUGUUUGAACAGAGUUUGCCAACAAAUUAGAGGUAAGCCCACUUUAACCAGAGAAAUCCUCACCCCAAAAUUACCUGCCAUAAUCACUUUGUUUAUGGAAAAAAUUUCUCUUGUGCCAGCUUUGUUCGUAGACCUGUUGACUCUGUUGAUCAAGAACCACCCUACCACUUUCCGUCCAUUUGGAAAUAAGCUUAGAGCCAAGUUAAUUACAUUCAUCGUUUCCCCUGAGUUUGAUGCAUUCCCUCGUGACUUGAAAGAGAAGAUUUACCGUUCCUUGGCCACUUUACCAGCAAUUGAAAAGACUGAACCGGAACUCAAAUGGCAACAAGAUGUCACUGCCCUUAUUCUGGAAACAACCCAGGUUAUGUUGAUAUAUAGAGAGUUUCUCAACUUGAAUGAUGACGAAGAAUUGAUUCUGAUGUUGGGUAAGAUCCCUACUCAUUCUUUGGACCCAUCUGCUCAAAUCUUUGCUGAUUCUCUCAGCAUCGAUGUCAAUGUACCAAAGACUUUAUUCAAUAUCUGCGACAGAGUAGAUAUUUUGGUGUCUUUAUUGGCUACCUUCUUGAACACAGACACUGCAUUUGCAGUCCGUGUACCAAUCGGGAUGGUGGUUACCCUUGUUGAUAUUAUCAGUUCUAUCAACACAAGAUUUAUUUCUUUCAAGAACGAUGUUCAUGAUCCUGAACUCAAGAGAAUGAUCCAAUUGACCCUUCAACUCAACCAAUUGAGUGCCACUAAGCUUUUGGCAAGACUCCCAAACACAUACUCUGGAUCUUUACUCCCUCAUUUAUCCAAUGUCUUGUCUUUAAUGGAAGUUCUUCUCCCAUUUGCUAACAAGAAAAUUGACACCGAUGCCGUUUGGAAUAAUGAGCCAUUUAUGCGCCAAAUUUUGGAAUGUGUAACCCAGUGGCUUGAACUUACCCUGAGUUUGAGUGAUGCCACACAACUCUUGAGAUUUAUCGACGUUGCAUUGAAACUUGUUGAACCAAGAUCGACUCAAUCUUCCACCACUAAUGGUACCACCAAUGUUGCAACUGGUGGUGUUUCAACAAAGAAGAAGAACAACAAGAAGAAGAAUAAUGGAUCUGCUCCGUUAUCUGAUUUACUCUCUCACCAACACUUGUUCAAGCUGACUGUCUCUGUGGAAACUUCUCAAAUUGUUCGUAGAUUCAUCAACUCCAUUCUCAAGAAGGCUAAUGUUCCACCUACUCAACAUUAUAAGAUUGUUCGUUAUAUUAUCGUGGAGGCUACCCGUGCGAAGAAACUCAGCCUUGAAGGUUCCAUCCCAGUUGACCUCAAACAGCUCUUGAUUGACGCUGUGUUAUACCCAGGCACAGAAUCAGUUUCUCUUCUUCCAAUUGUCACCUCAUUACUCGGUGAUGAUCCAAUUCUUAGUGUCUUCAACAACCCUCGUUUCCCUCCAUUAGCUAGAUUCGUCAAGAAUGUUGCUGCCAUCGAUGAAGAAGAAGAAGAUGAUGAAGAAGAAGAAGAAGACGUUGUCGCACCUGAACAAACACUGGAAUUUACAACAUCCAAACGUACUUCCGAAGAAGAAGAAGAAGAAUCACCAAAGAGACAGAGAGUCGACCCUGCUGCAUCUAUUGAUCUUUCCUCCACAGAAGAUUCCAAGAUUGUUUUUGCUACUACUGUCACCGAACUGGCACCAAUUUCUCUUGAACCAGUUUCAACCGAGCCUGUCGUUUCAACUUUUGAAGCUACUGUUGUCACCUCAGUCGCUGCCCCAGAAGAGGAUGACAACUCUGACUUUGAAAUGCCUAGCAUUGACGUCGAUGGUGAUGAUGUUGAUUCAGAUUAA